ACAGAAGAGGAACAAGCCUAGGAGGGGCAUCCGUUUUCUCGGAGAACAAAAACCGCUCUGAGUUUAUCACGUCCAUUUGACAAAUGGGGAAAAAAAAAAACAGCACGGAGUUUUAGAUGAUGAUGAAAACCCCAUAUACUUUCUCUUUAGCUUGUAAAGAGGGAACAGAGAAGGGUAGACAUGCUGAGGGACUGGAGGCUGGCACCUCGUCUGAACUCAGUGGCCCUCAGAGGGGCCUGGAUGGUCAUGGAAGUCAUUCUCAGGGGGUGGCUGAGCACUGCUGGAGGAGACUGCUGAGCUUAGGAAUAAACAGACCCACAGCUCAUUAUCCUUCAAGUCGCAGCUUAGCCGCUUCAUGGAGAGAAUUUUGUGAUUCAGGCAAAGGCGGACUGUUACUUCACCAAUGGUACAGAAAAGGUUCACUUGCUGGUCAGGUUCAUCUUCAACCUGGAGGAGUAUUUACACUUCGACAGUGACCUGGGGAUGUUUGUGGCUCUGACGGAGCUGGGGGAACCUGAUGCUGACCAGUGGAACAAACGCCUGGAUCUCCUGGAGACGAGCAGAGCUGCUGUGAACAUGGUCUGCAGGCAGAAGUACAAGCUGGGGGCCCCCUUCACUGUGGAGAGAAAUGUGCCUCCAGAGGUGACAGUGUAUCCAGAGAGGACCCCGUUGCUGCAGCAGCACAACCUGCUGCUCUGCUCUGUGACAGGCUUCUACCCCGGGGACAUAAGUGUCAAGUGGUUCCGGAAUGGACAGGAGGAGAGGUCUGGGGUCAUGUCCACUGGCCUUGUUAGGAAUGGAGACUGGACCUUCCAGACAACAGUAAUGCUGGAAAUGAUCCCAGAGCUUGGUGACAUCUACAGCUGCCUCGUGGAGCACCCCGGCCUCCUGAGACCUGUUUCUGUGGCAUGGAUGGCUCAGUCUGAAUAUUCCUGGAAAAAGAUACUGAGUGGAGCUGCAGUGUUCCUGCUUGGGCUGAUUGUCUUCCUGGUGGGGGUUGUUAUCCAUCUCAAGGCUCAGAAAGCAUCUGUGGAGACUCAGCCUGGCAAUGAGGCCUCAAGAGAGAGUCUCCAUUCUCAACCCUAGUAAGAUCCUAAUGGAAGCCUCUCCCCCAGAGCCUGAAGAAGUGUGACAGGGCUGAGGAUUCGGGUUGGCAAAGGAUGCUGGCUCUUCAGUCUGUGAGAUGUGGUCAUGGACCUUCCCUUUGUCCUGUACCUCAGUAGUCCCUCGUUUCCAGGACAUGGUCCAGAAACUUCCUUAGGACCUAACUCAUUCCACACCCAAGUUGCUUUGGCCCAAUCCUAACCCUGUGACUGUGGAGCCCCAAGAUUUCUAUCUUCCAACCACAGCUUCUAGUCUUCCAUACAGUCACCUUAAAAAUCCUUAUUGUAAAAAUAAAGCAGUCACAGGCAACCGCAGUGAAGUAUAAAUCAAUGACUUGUUCAAGGCAAAACCCGUGUCAUCACUUGCUCAGGUCAAAACACAAACAGUGGUGGUCUCUGUGGAAUUCCUUAUGUGCCUCAGCCAAUAAACACCCACAGCACACACUAUCCACGUGGGGUGAUUAGAUACAGCCAAGCAUACACUUAUGUAUACAAGAAUCCAUGGUCUUUCUUGUCUCCCAGACUUUCAGAUGUUUUACGUCAUCUUUUCUUUCUGAUAGGAUUAAAGCUGUUGAGAAGGCUCAGCCUCCAAGGUGAAGGGUUCCCACGCUGAGAUGUUGUUGCCUACAUACAUGGUGCCAUCUGAUACACGUGGUGCCAUCUGACACACUGGCUGCCAUCUGACACACUCUUUUACCCUUUGUGUUUUCUAUGAGUUAGCAUCUGAUGCAGACUUGGGGUGAGACUCUAGUCUGAUUGUUUUGGAGUCUGGAGGAGGCCAUGACCUUUUCUGGAGUUACAGUGUAUCUCCUUGUUUUUCCUUUCAUGAUGUUACAACAAGCAUCGAUGCUAAUUGGCCCAUCUGCUAAUUUACUGGGGAUGGCUACAUUGUGACAGUCUAUUUCUAGGAUUCUUUAUUUAUAGCAUAUUGUUGGCUCUGCUCAAUGUUAGCUGCAGUAGAAGUUCAAAGCUAAUGGUGGUAAAACUGUUGGCAUCUUAAAGUGAGUCUAGCCUGCAGGGUGCUACCGUUGUGUCCAGUGCUGCAGGAUUCUGAAACAAAGCACUAAUUUCACUUAAUAGUGACCUUAGUGGAGCAAUGCAUUCACUGGUUUACAAAGUCUUGACACCUGAGUAACAUCUUUUUAAUAAGUUGACAGUUGGGAGUGUUUCUGCUGUAUGUAGAUGGGAAGGCUGUUGUAAAAAUUGCUUGAGUUGUGAGUAAAACUGAGCAUGCUUCAUUCAAUACAGCAUCAUUUUGUCUUUGUAGAAGAUAUUUCUUAUUAACCUUUUAUUGUUUGAGAAUUUUAUACAUGAGUAUUAUGUGUUUUGAUCAAAUCCACCCCCAUUCACUCCCUUCUAAUUUUUCCUUUCUCCUGAUCACAUUUACCUCCCAACUUCAUAUGCGUUUUUGCUUUAAUUCACUAAGUCAAUGUAGUUCUGCUAGGAUUACAUGGGGGCAGGUCCAUCUGCCCUUAGGAGCACAUUCUUGAAGAACAUGGAGUUUCCCUCUGCCUCAGCCGUCAACUCCUCCUCAGCUAAGGUUGACACUUCACAAAUCCCACCUACCCAUGCUGGGAGUGUGGAAUGCUUGAUCUUGGACAUUUAGAAGCGUUCUAACUGACUUUUAGCUUGUUUUGCAAUAAAUUACAGUUUAGUUGGUAGUGGA